AAAGUGGAGGCCUCCUGCGGUGUCAUUCUAUUGGCAGCGGGGACGCGCCUGGGACGCGCUCACUGGGGCUCUAGAGCGCGCAGUAGGAGGAGCGGAGAGCAGUGGGAGAUGUGACCGGGGGACCCGGCGUGUGUCCUCCGCCCUGAGGCAGGCGGCAUCCCUCCGCUGUUCGGGAGGAGGAGGAGGUGGCAGCGAGCAUGGCGGACAAGGGCAGGCUGAGCUUCCCGGGGGCACUGAACAGGCCAGUGCCUAUGAACCUCUUUGCUACCUGGGAAAUAGACGGUUCCAGCCCCAGCUGCAUCCCCAGGCUCUGCAGUCUAACUCUGAAGAAGCUUCUGGUGGUCAGGGAGCUGGACAAGGAGCAUAUUUCAGUGGUCAUUGCAGUGAAGAUGCAGGGAUCCAAACGCAUCCUGCGUUCUCAUGAGAUUGUUCUGCCCCCUGGUGGACAAGUGGAGACAGACCUGGCACUUACAUUUUCAUUGCAGUACCCUCACUUUCUGAAAAGGGAAGGAAAUAAACUACAGAUUAUGCUUCAGAGGCGGAAAAGAUACAAAAACCGAACGAUUCUAGGUUACAAGACUCUAGCUGUCGGCAGCAUUAACAUGGCUGAGGUCAUGCAGCAUCCGACGGAAGGAAGCCAAGUCUUGAGCCUGUUUAGUAACAUGAAGGAGGCAUCGGCCAAAGUAGCAGAGAUAUGGAUAUUUUCACUCUCCAGUCAACCGAUUGACCACGAAGACAGCACCAUGCACACCAGCCAAAAAAUCAAGUCCACAGAUAACUAUUCUGAGGAAGAGUAUGAAAGUUUCUCCUCGGAGCAAGAAGCCAGUGAUGAUGCUGUGCAAGGACAGGAUUUAGAUGACGAUGAAUUCGAUGUUGGGAAACCAAAGAAGCAGCGAAGAACGAUAGUAAGAACGACGUCAAUAACCAGGCAACAGAACUUCAAGCAGAAGGUGGUGGCGUUGUUACGGAGGUUUAAAGUUUCCGACGAGGUGCUCGACUCUGAGCAGGACCCAGGCGAGCAUGUGCCGGAGGUUGAAGAGGACAUGGACUUAUUGUAUGAUACACUUGAUAUUGAGAACCCCAGUGACAGUGGCCCAGAGAUGGAAGAUGAUGACAGUGUCCUUAGCACGCCCAAGCCAAAGCUAAAACCUUACUUCGAGGGCCUGUCCCACUCCAGCUCUCAGACAGAGAUCGGCAGCUUACACAGUGCAAGAAGCCAGAGGGAAUUACCCAGUCCGGUGGAAGUCCCUGAGAGACGGACAUCGGGACCCAAGCCUCAGUCUGAUUGUGUCUCAGAUACAGUGUCGCUGGAGGCUGCUCAGCAAGAAGCCCAGGAUGCAGAGCUGUCCACACUGGAUGUCUUCAUUGAGAGGUUACCACCUAGUGGCAAGAUUACCAAAACGGAAUCCUUAAUAAUCCCUUCAACCAGGUUAGAAGGGAAACAGGCAGGACGCCGGGGCCGAAGUACAUCUCUGAAGGAAAGGCAGCCGGCAAGGCCUCAGAACGAACGGGCCAACAGUCUUGAUAAUGAGCGCUCCCCCGACACAAGGAACCAUCUACAGGUGAUCGCUAGCAAGGAGAUUGCACGUUAUGAGCCUUUUCUUUCCAAGCAAGAGAAUAUUGUAUUAACUAGGCCCCUGAUACCCAGGAAAACAGUCUACGAUCAGUUAAACCACAUCCUGAUUUCAGAUGACCAUCUACCUGAAAAUAUUAUUCUCAUCAACACGUCUGAUUGGCAGGGCCAGCUUCUUUCCGACAUCUUGCAAAAGCACGACCUUCCCUUAGUAGGCACGUGUUCCCCCGCUGACAUCCAGGCAGCCUUCAAUACAAUAGUGUCCAGGAUACAGCGAUAUUGCAACUGCAAUUCUCAGCCCCCAAACCCUGUGAAAGUGGCGGUGGCAGGAGCUCAGAAUUACCUCAGUGCCGUGCUGAGAAUGUUUGUAGAGCAGCUGUCACACAAGACUCCAGACUGGCUGGGCUACCUGAGGUUCCUCAUCAUCCCACUAGGAUCUCACCCGGUUGCCAAGUAUCUGGGAUCAGUAGAUUACAAGUACAACAACCUCUUUCAGGAUCCAGCAUGGAGGGAUCUCUUCUCUAAACUGGAUGCACAAACAACGGUGCAAGACCCUCCAGAUGUGGCGUCCCGCGUCACGCAGUAUAUCUCCGGAGCCAACUGUGCCCACCAGCUGCCCAUUGCAGAGGCCAUGCUCACUUACAAGCAGAAAAGGAAAAAGAGCUUUCAUUUUGAUUUUACCUUAAGCCCUGACGAAGACUCCUCACAGAAGUUCAUACCUUUUGUUGGGGUGGUAAAAGUUGGUAUUGUUGAGCAGUCCUCAGCAACCUCAGGGGAUUCAGACGAUGCUGCGCCGUCAGGUUCCACUGUACUCUCAUCCACUCCGCCCUCCAUUUCUCCCGCUGUGAAAGAAGCAUCUCCCACUCCCCCCUCCUCUCCAUCUGUUACGUCUGGGUUCUCCUCUUCGCCAAGCCAAAGCCCAGGAGGGGAACUCAUGGGGCUCCAACUGGAUUACUGGAUUGCCGCCCCUUUCGCAGAGAAGAAGAAAGACUUGGAGAAGAAGGACUCCACCUCCGCCAAGAACACUUUGAAAUGCACUUUCCGCUCGCUGCAGGUCAGCAGGCUUCCCAGCAACAGUGACGUCCCCUCUGCUCCCACAAUGUCCAUGACCGUUGUCAUGAAGGAAAAAAACAAAAAAGUCAUGUUUUUGCCGAAGAAGACAAAGGAUAAAGAAGUGGAAUCUAAGAGCCAAUGUAUCGAAGGCAUCAGUAGACUCAUUUGCACUGCAAAACACCAACAGAACAUGCUCAGAGUGCUGAUCGAUGGAGUGGAAUGGAACGACGUCAAGUUUUUCCAGUUGGCUGCACAGUGGUCCUCUCACGUCAAGCACUUUCCCAUAUGUAUAUUCGGACACUCUAAAGCCAACUUCUAGCCUUUUUACCAGGCGGAUCCCUCUGACCCGACACUCCUCCCCCUCCCCCCCGCAGGCUGGAUGUACGGAUACCAUACACUAAUGAGUGCCAACUACUCUCUCCGAAUUAAAACCAUCCAGCUACGACUUCCUUUCACUUUAUUAUUAUUUUUUUUUUUUUACUAUUGUUUUUAUUAUUGUGCAGAUUAUUUAAAGCUAUGCUUGAAGUUACCUUUUUAUAUUAAUUUUUAAUUUUACUACCAAGGGAGGUUAAAACUUUAAAAAAAAAAAAGGAACAAAAAUAAAAAAACAAAAAUAAAAAAAGUCUUAAGUACAACUGUUAACACACGACAGUAACUUUGGUACUCUAACGAUUGGGUGAAUAACUGCACUGCUUAAUAACGUGUUACAUGUUGUGGGGUGAAUACCCGUUCUGAUUGGUGUUUUGCUCUAUUGGACGGGCCUGACGUAGGCAGAGAGAACUAAACUGCUACUUACAGUGAAUGGUGUUUGCACUUUGCUCUGACUUUCUUGCCAUCACGUUCUUCUUGGUUUGUCUGUUACAUUGAUCGUCAAGGGACGCAGCCUCGUUUCAUAGAACACUAGCAGCUUGGUAUGGAAGGGUGGGCUUGUAUAGCUAGUGGCUUGGUAAGUUUCCUUGGCUUGGCUUUGUAGAUAGGUUUCUGCCCUACUCACUGAUCUUAAAAUGACCAGCAAAUCCUUAAAUGCUUUAUUUAUAUGGGCCCAUUAGGGGAGGAGUUACAGUAAGAAUCAUGAAUGUCUACGAGACCCAGUGGAUGCUGUCUCUAGUAACGGCUGCCCCUGGAAUAAAAGACUACUUUUAACAGGACUAUUAUUCUGGUAGUUUUUAGAUUUGUAGAGGUUAAUUUGGAGGCGAGAAACUCACCGUUUUCCCCCACCUUCUCUCUGAUUUGCUGCUGCCUCCAUUGAGAUGAUAUAAAGCUAUCCCUGCACCCUCUUGUACAUACUUGGGCUGCAGAACCCAGCAGUGUGUCUGUGGGAGCCCCCGGUAGUGGGGUGGACCAGCUUGGGGAAGAUGCAGUGCUUCUCAGCUUGUGGGUCAGUGCUUCUGUGUAUGAGCUUUAAGGCCACAUUGGCAGGGUUUUGUCUAUUUCUUUCACAAAAUUAUGCAAAAUGGACAAUAUUUUGACUGGUUAUAAAUGUCAGGCUGUGCAUAAUGUCUUGCCCUGGUGGUUCUAUGUUAAUAUGCAAUGCAUUUUUGCAUCCUCUGGUACAGACAGGGUAAAACUCAUGGUCUAGAAACAGGGUAAGGCUCCAUCUGUGAUGAUGUUUACCAAAUGAAAGUCAUGCCUGGAUCCUUCAGCGUGGUUUGUGAUGUCUUGGCCGUGGCGACUCAUUGGUUUUGCUGUCCGUUGCUAGAUAUAGAUUGCAGUGUGCUUCAACUUUCUUUUCAUUUUCCUGACUGUCCAACGACUACCACCAGCACAUAUUUGGGUCACACUUCAGCAUUUGAUGGUGAUCCUUUCCACUGGCACAAUGGGGCAUGCCCAUGUUUAAAGAACAAAUCAGGAACUCUAUAGUGUAAAUCAGGCUGUCAUUGGUAGGCCCUACGCAAACUGGCUUUGGUCUUGUGCAUCACUUGACCUAACUCUUAAUAUAGCACAAUAUUCAGCAAGCGAUGCGCUACCCUAGAGUGCAUUCAUCUCCAGUACUUCAGUGUUUAUCAGGUAGACGGAAGGUUUGCUGUUUCACCAUUGGAUGGGACUUUGUUGUGUUGCAGUGCAAUGCUCAGAGUAACCUUCAGAGGCUAAAGGCAGGUUUGUUGGUUGAGGCUUAGCCGGCAGUUCUGUAUCCGCCGUACAGUACACAAAGGUUGGUCAGCAGGGAAUGAGUCUUUUAUAGUAGUUGACCUAUUAGCUGUGAUGUGGCUGCAGUGCAAGCCUAUCUGACUGUGAAGGGGUUAAAUACUUUGUUGUUCUGAUUUUCCUUUCAUAAAUGCAACACUUUCAUUAAAAAACUACAAACACUAGUUGCCUCUGGCUUUACAUUUUGUUCUCCUGAUUCUGCAGUGCAUUCUGGGAUUCCUCGGGACCGACCUGCUUUUUCCAUCCACUUACCGGCACUGGGGUUUAUAUUUCAAUAUCUGUAAAACUAUAGAGCAGGGAUUGGGCAACUUUCUGCUGCAGUUGUUACCGAGCGAAUACUCGUUUGGGUGUCAGUCUUAGCUGAAGUGUCCCUUGCAGAUUUGUUCACACGGAUGAGUUGGAUGGAAACGUAACACCGUGCUACAACCCAAACCUUUGUGUGACGAGUGUCCAGAUAUCUGAGAGGAUCCACAAGUGCCACAAACUUGGUUCUGACUCUGCAAAAUGCCCAGAACGUCUCUUCCACACACACUUUGUCUGGAUCCCCAUUCAGUGCCACCUGUGCCCAUCAUGCCCAUACAUAAAUGGGCACUUCUGCCCCAGCAUGCACUGCUGCACCUGUCCAUGGUUUCAUUGACUUACAGUCUGAGUUGUUUUUGUUGAAGCCUUCUAACACACUGGCAACCAAAAUGUAAUUCCAACAAGCAAGGCAAUAACUGUAUAAGCUCUGUUCAUAUUCAUCAAGCAAUGUUUAAAUAUUAAAUUGUAAGUUAGAGACCUGGUUAGGCCUAGAAAUCCAUGAGUCCUAACUCCAAUCAUCAUUUCAAGCUUUGCAUUAUGAGUGUGUGUUCCACCCCCCAUUAAACAACCUGAGGACACAUAUUGCCCCACCCCUGAUCAGGGAAGGAUGUAUGUAACCCCUUCACUCUCAGAGGAACCUGCAAUCAUUACACAUGAAUGGACUUUAAGGAAUUAUUUAAAAAGAUAAAUGUAUUGGUUGAAGAUCAUUAUAACACGUAAGGAAUUCUUACUGCUUAGCACAUUGACAUCUUAACAGAAGUGACAUUAUCGCCCUGUAAGCCAUUUGUGGGAGAAUUCUGGCUCCCCCGGGGGCUGGAGGGAUCCCCGACUCUUAUUAUCCCUUAUCCUUUUAGCGGUUUGAGUAGCUCACUCCAUCUUCACAGGUCCCGGCUGUGCUUGUUGGUGCAGUUUAGAGCCACGGGCACAUCAAUAGAGCUGGGGCAUUUCAGUGCUAAUUGUUAGUGAUUCCUUUGCCCAGAGUAGGAUGAAGCCGGAUGCACCUCGUUUAGGUUUUCUGUGAUUGUGCUUUAAUGGAGAAGAGUGUAGAUGAAAAGCGUAGAGCUGUUUUUCAGUGUGGGAAUGGGGUGUUUCUUGAACUAAAAGGGGGCCAUCUUUUUGAGCAAGAAAACUCAAGUCCAACUCUCAGAUAAUGUAAUGUGACCUUAUAGCCGGUCUCACCCUAGCGACUUAGUCACCAUUAAACAUGUUCUGUUUGCGUGCAUAACCUUUCUUUAGUGAAUAAAAAAAGUGGCACUU